GAAAUAAGCCAGGAUUUAUUUAGAUGCACCUCUGGGAGAAGCUGGGCUUUAAUGUGGUGUUCCCAGAGCCGCUUCCGUUUUCCGUGCUCUUCUCCCCAUCCGCCUCUCCCCCAAACUUUGUUGCGAAAGAAAAGAAAACUUCACACUCCACACUGGGCUGAAGGGCAGUCUUACUCUGACAGGAAUCAAUGUGAAUGGAAGGAAAGAAGCAAGGAGAUAGGCGAGUGAGGUAACGAGGGAGGGGCAGGCAGGCAAUCUUCUCAGGAACACCUAUGUUAAAUCAGAUCUGGAGAAGGGGUAGAAGGGAGGGUAAACGGUGUAACUUCUUUAUCCCUUAGAAUUUAGGGCUCCUUGCAUAGUCGUCUAAUUUCCUAAAUCACUAUGCACUUGAUGGUGGACUCCAUUGGUAGUGAAGAGGAAAUAUCAAUACAAAUUCCAGGCAGGAAUACUUCCAACACAGAAAAACUCCUCAGGCCACCAACACUAUUUUCUGCCCACCUUGAACAGUGGACGCCUCACUUCCUUCUUAAUGCAAUUUUUAAUUCUUCAGACACACUCCUCAUUCCGACUCUGAUCAACUGUGCUCCUCUCCCUGUUCUCAGUAUCAGCUGCUUCGUUCCGCCUUCUUUCCCCAACUUGCUACGACUCUUGCCCCAAUACUGACUGCAGCCUCCCCAUCCCGCCCCGCAUCAUUGGUCAACUAAUUCCAUUAAUCCAACUAAUCCUCGCACUCACUGAUUCCCCAGUAUUAAACUCCUUCACCCCCUCGCACGAGUCACCAUACUUGGUAACAUCUUUAUAUUGACCCCUCAGUGACCUCUCACAAUGAAGGCCUGCCAUCCAUUCUUUCCUCACACCACCCCUCCCUCCAGGCUGUCUUCUCUCCGCCACAACCCAUUCCUCAAGCUACCCCCUUCCCCCUGGACUCCAGCCCCACCCCUCCUAGCGCAGAUCCCUUCCACCUUGAUCCUCUCCUCUGUACGACUCCGCUCCUCCAUCCUCCCACAGGACCCCCUGUUCCUCACGCAGACCCCCACAUACCAAUCUCCUCUCCCGCCGACCCCCUCCUCGGUACUCUCCUCGCACAGCUCCGGGUCACGAAUACAGCCCUCCCCAUCUCGACUCCACUAGCCUUUGCCCGCCCCCGCCUUCGCCGCCUCACUCUCCCUACGCUGACACUAAGGCCCCUCCGCUGGGCCCCUUCCCAAAGCGGAGCCCACCCGGAAAGAACCCCAGCCCUGGGAACCCACCAAGCCCACUCUACCGCGCCCACCCCCUCCGAUACCUCCCCCAGCCCCAGCCACUCCCCCACCGCCACCGGCCUUCACUCACCCGCCUCCCUCCGCUCGCGCCGCCGAACCUGCCGGCAGCGACACCCGACAGCGGCCCAAUCAAAGUGCGACUUCUUUGCGGUGAAGAGGCCCCACAGCACAGAUAACAUUUUCCACACUGCAGCUGCAUAACUCUGUUCUCUAAUAAUUGAUGUCUUACCAGAAGAAGAAGGGAUGGACCCAAGAGAGAGGUGGAUGCUUCUAAGAAUACCCACAAAUGAGGAAGCAUUCAUUCUCCUUGCUACAAGGACAAAGGUCAAGUCAUACCUGGAGCUGGGAAACAAAGCCCUCUCAAAUCUGAAUAUGCAUUUUACGAGGAGAGAGAGCAGGAGAGGGGACCACGAGGAAGGCAGAGAUUCCCUGACGACCUCAUGCCCUUGUACACCACUCGCCUUUACUCUCUGGAGCCAAGAGAGGAAACACAUGUGGUGUCUGGAGACCUGUGCCUGCCUGUUCCAAUCCCACACCCAGUCAUCUCACCACACCCUUCACCUCACUUUACCUUCUCCUCCAGCACAGGAACUAGGAACUACGGAGAGAGAAGCCAAGGGAGAGGAGGAAGAGGAAACUAACGAUUCCCUGCCCAACCCCAGCCCCACACCCAGCACCACCAACAGGUGGGCAAGCUUGCCGAGAAAACGCAGAGGGCAUCCUGUGAGCAGCAAACACAUCUGAGCCUGGAAAAGACGCAGAGAAGUAAAAGAUCAAAGGGAGUCCUUUCUCAACCUUGUAAGGCGUGCACAGAGGUGGCAAGGAAGCACCUUGCUCCUCUUCCUGGUUCUAAGGAAAAGGUGACCUUGAGCCGGUGGGUGUCUUUCCCAGUGCCUGCCUCUAACCCUGUGCUUUCUCCAUAUCCUCCUCCGGGAUCUGUGUUUAUUCCGCGGUUUCCCCGCAGCCGCCCCCGGGAGAUGGAAGAGGUGGCUGGGGCAGGCCGAAAGCAGAGGAAAGGUUGGGCAAUGUCACCCUUGCACACCCACAGGGUAGACGGAUCGAGUUUCGGCUUAAACCGAGGGGUUUGGGGGAAGGGUGUUGGGGUUCAGCUAGUCCACGUGGGUGCUGUCCUCCACUUGGUGCUGAAAUCUGGGCGGCCACAUCCCGGGGGCGGGUGGGGGCUACAUCCCCGGCUUUAGACGCGCGAGUCUCAAGUCCCGCUAAUUACCUGGCGGGUGCUGCCCACCCCUGCCCCAGCGCACCUAGCGCGGUGGCAGGCGGGAAGGCGGGGCCUGGGGGAGCCCCCCUCCCCCCUGAGACUGCAGCUGGGGCCUCCCUCUCCUCCGCCCGCCCGCCUGCCACUAGCUCAUUGCGCCUCUCCUGCAGUCUGGUUGGCACCGGCUCCCAUUCCGGCUCCAGCCUCCAAUCCGACCCCCAUUUCGGCUGCAGCCUCGGACCUAGCUCCGGCCCUCGGUCUAUCCGGUUGCAUCCUCCCUCCCUGUUCUGGAUCUUAUCUUGCGCCAGCGCCUACUCCAGGAUCCCGUAGCCAGACCUCAAGCCAUGGCUGGUCCCUUCUCCCGUCUGUUGUCCGCCCGCCCAGGACUCAGGCUCCUGGCUUUGGCGGGAGCGGGGUCUCUAGCCGCUGGGUUUGUGCUCCGACCGGAACCUGUACGAGCGGCCAGUGAACGACGGAGGCUGUAUCCCCCGAGCGCUGAGUACCCAGACCUCCGAAAGCACAACAACUGCAUGGCCAGUCACCUGACCCCAGCAGUCUAUGCACGGCUCUGCGACAAGACCACACCCACUGGUUGGACGCUAGAUCAGUGUAUCCAGACUGGCGUGGACAACCCUGGCCACCCCUUCAUCAAGACUGUGGGCAUGGUGGCUGGAGAUGAGGAGACCUAUGAGGUAUUUGCUGACCUGUUUGACCCUGUGAUCCAAGAGCGACACAAUGGAUAUGACCCCCGGACAAUGAAGCACACCACAGAUCUGGAUGCCAGUAAAAUCCGUUCUGGCUACUUUGAUGAGAGGUAUGUAUUGUCCUCUAGAGUCAGAACUGGCCGAAGCAUCCGAGGACUCAGUCUGCCUCCAGCUUGCACUCGAGCAGAGCGACGAGAGGUGGAACGUGUUGUGGUGGAUGCACUGAGUGGCCUGAAGGGUGACCUGGCUGGACGUUACUAUAGGCUCAGUGAGAUGACAGAGGCUGAACAGCAGCAGCUUAUUGAUGACCACUUUCUGUUUGAUAAGCCUGUGUCCCCAUUGCUGACUGCAGCAGGAAUGGCUCGAGACUGGCCAGAUGCUCGUGGAAUUUGGCACAACAAUGAGAAGAGCUUCCUGAUCUGGGUGAAUGAGGAGGAUCAUACACGGGUGAUCUCCAUGGAGAAGGGUGGCAACAUGAAGAGAGUGUUUGAAAGAUUCUGCCGAGGCCUUAAAGAGGUGGAGAGACUUAUCCAAGAACGUGGCUGGGAGUUCAUGUGGAAUGAGCGUUUGGGAUACAUCUUGACCUGUCCAUCUAACCUGGGCACUGGACUUCGGGCAGGAGUGCACAUCAAACUGCCCCUGCUAAGCAAAGAUAGCCGCUUCCCAAAGAUCCUGGAGAACCUAAGACUCCAAAAGCGUGGUACUGGAGGAGUGGACACUGCUGCCACAGGCGGUGUCUUUGAUAUUUCUAAUUUGGACCGACUAGGCAAAUCAGAGGUGGAGCUGGUGCAACUGGUCAUCGAUGGAGUAAACUAUUUGAUUGAUUGUGAACGGCGUCUGGAGAGAGGCCAGGAUAUCCGCAUCCCCACACCUGUCAUCCACACCAAGCAUUAACUCCCCAUCGCCAGCUGAUGACUCAAGAUUCCCAGGAGUUCUGCUCAUUCUAAUGAUGGCCCAUUCUACUUGCUCUGGACCUGCCCCCGCAUCCCCUGCCUCCAUCCUAGUAAAGACUCCUUGCUAUGCUGCA